AUGGGUGUUAUGGGGAAGAAACUUAGUUCACUAAAAUGCGAAGUGAGAGUAAUAGAAGCAAGAAACGUGGAGAACAAGUCACAAGCUAGUACUCUGUUCGUUAGGUUCUAUCUCUCAGCAGGACACAACAGAAAGAUUGAAGAAAACACAAGAGAGAUCUGUCUCAAGUCAAACAAUCUCAUAUGGGACCAAUCUUUUGGUCUAGAGUGUCAAGGCAACGAAGAAGCAGUCGAGGAACUGAAGCAACAAAGAGUCGUUUUCGAGUUAAGGAGGAGGAAAACAUCAUCUUUCUUGAGGAAGUCAUCGAGAUCAGAGGUUGUAGGGAGUGGAGAGGUGUCAUGGGAAUCGGUUUUUGAGUCAAAGGGCAUGGAGAUGGAGAGAUUUGUAGUGAUGAGUGAAUCGAAAACACCGGUGUUUGGAGAUGAGAGCCCUGUCUUGUUAAAGAUAGGUUUAAAAGUCCAAGCCCUAGAGAUAAAGAAGAUGUUGAUCAACAAGAAAGAGAAGCUUUGUGCAUGUUAUAAUAGUAGAGAUUGUGGAAGCUGCAGCUGCUUGGAUUACGGCGCUUUUGCUUUAGCUUGUGCUCUAGAUUGUAUUUAA